CCGAGAAAUGAAACGGAUGAACAUUGUUCAUCGUCAUUUUGCAUGGGAAAAAAUCGUCGAGUUCAAUUCGAAUUUUUGUAAUUGCAUUAACUUUUAUACGAUAUAGCUAAUCGGUAGACGCAUAAGAAUCAAACAAAUUUGUGCCAUUUUGUAAGCAAAUUAAGUGUCGAAUUCGUGCUGAGUGUUGUGAAAUCACCAAUAUAAAUUAACUUCCAAUGACGACGAUUCGCAAGAAAUUGGUAAUUGUCGGCGACGGUGCCUGCGGUAAAACUUGCCUUCUGAUUGUCUUCAGCAAAGAUCAGUUCCCCGAGGUCUAUGUGCCCACCGUGUUCGAGAACUAUGUGGCCGACAUCGAGGUGGAUGGCAAACAGGUGGAGCUGGCCCUGUGGGAUACGGCCGGGCAGGAGGACUACGACAGACUACGACCGCUGAGCUAUCCCGACACUGACGUCAUACUGAUGUGUUUCUCAGUGGAUUCACCCGAUUCGCUAGAAAAUAUUCCUGAAAAAUGGACCCCAGAGGUCAAACACUUUUGUCCAAAUGUUCCAAUCAUUUUGGUAGGAAAUAAGAAAGAUUUGCGAAAUGAUCCCAACACAAUUCGGGAUCUAGCAAAAAUGAAGCAGGAGCCGGUGAAGCCGCAAGAGGGUCGCGCCAUGGCCGAGAAGAUUAAUGCCUUUGCCUAUUUGGAGUGCUCGGCCAAGUCCAAGGAGGGUGUGCGAGAUGUUUUCGAGACGGCAACCAGGGCCGCGCUGCAAGUCAAAAAGAGGAAGAAGACCAGAUGCCUUUUGCUCUAAAAGAGCAAAUCCACAACAUGAAAAUCUUUACCACACACACAGCAACAACAACAACAGCAUACACACACAGCACACAGCAUACAACACACCUUUUACAACAAUAACGAGCUGAACAACCACUCAACAACAACAACAAGAAGAAGAACAACCAGAACAUCGGAUACGGAUACACGAAGCUGCACCACCCGACAGCAACAACAACAAAGGAGAAUCAGAGCUUGAUGAGCAACAAGAUACAAGAUACAAGAGGAGGGAGCAGCGGAAUAAGGGAAGGCAGCAUCAAGUAGAAUGUCAAAUGCGGAUUUGAUUUUAUAUACAGUCUAGUGUAGUUAUAAACCGAAGUAAACAACAGUAAUAACUAUGGCAUUAUUAUUUGUAACCCUAGGGCAGAGCAGAUCGAUCAGUCAGCCACUGCAAGCAAAUAUAUAUCGAUAUAUGUAAACAUA